AUGAAUGUUGAUCCCUGGUCAAAUGUUGGUCGGGAUAAAAAAUUUUCAUCAUCACCCGAAAAUACUUUGGAAUUUAUAGUAAAUUUACCUUCAUGUGGAGUAGGACCAAUGUUAAAUGAAACAUGUCGAAAACUUCAAAACUUUGUUGGAUACUAUCUUGAUUCUGUUGAAAUUGUAGUUUCUCCAAGACCACAUAGUAAAUCUGAAAUGAUAGUAUUUAAAAAUGUAUAUAUGCCGCAGAAACAUACCUCUUUUGAUUAUUCAGUUGGUAGUGAGAAAACAUUUGAUUUUAAUGUAAAUAUCAGACAAAAUCCUGGGGCAACCGCUAGUUGCAAUGCUAAAAAUAAAGGAUUUUCUGUUACAAUUAAGCAAGUAUUAAACUUUAUCAAUAAACCUAAAAAACACAUCAUCAAUUUUCGUAAUAAUAAACCACCAGUGAUGAAAUUCCCCAAGAUGGUUCAUACACUUGAAAUCGCUUUCAAUGACCUUAAGAAAUUUAACAAGGACUUUGCUGAUUUAAGAGAAAACAUUCACCGUGGAGAGAGAGCGCUUGAACUUAAACUCGGUAUUGAAAACUUAGAUCCAGAUUUCUUGGGAAAUAAAUGUUUCAAGCGUGAAUUGAAAUUAGAAACUCAGAAAUGA